UGCACUUCUUUUACCUCUCUCUUCUAUUCAUCUUUAUCUUCACACCUCAGCCUCACAAUUGUAUUGCAUAUCCAUUUGGUAAUAGCAAUCGGAAUAUGAAGAAAUAUAAUUUGUACUCCAUUUGCUCCGUUUUGUUGUUGGUUGUGUUGCUGAAACAACAUCCAUCAAAAGCCCAACAAGCUUACGUGAAUAACAAACAGCUCGACUGCAGCCAAGACCUAAACAUCACGAAUGGGUUUAAAUGCAACGGCGUCGAAACGAGUUGCCAAUCCUACCUCACGUUCCGAUCCACUCCUCCUUACGAUUCUCCACUGUCCAUCGCCCCCCUCUUGGGGGCUGAUUUUUCCUCUAUUGCCGAAAUCAACAACAUCUCAAUCUCCCAGAAAAUCCCCACCGGCACCCAGACCAUCAUCCCUGUCGAUUGUUCAUGUGUGGGUGAUAAGUACUACCAGCACAACAGCUCAUACCAGGUGCUUGCGUACGACACCUUUUUCACCAUCGCCAACGACACCUACCAGGGCCUCACCACUUGCCAGGCCAUAAAGCGUGAGAACCCUUAUACAGUUGAGACUCUGGGCGUGGGCGUGAAUGUAAAUGUUCCACUAAGGUGCGCUUGUCCCACGCCCAAUCAGACGGCAAGAGGCUUCAAGUACUUGCUCGCAUAUAUGAUUACCUGGGGAGAUGACUUCUCUACAAUUGCCGAUUUAUUCGGUGCGGACAAGCAGAGCAUACUUGAUGCAAACGAGCUACUCGAGGAUAGCAUUAUAUUUCCAUUCACAACCCUUCUCGUCCCACUGAAGAGCAGGCCCAUCAGUAUAGUUAAAAGCGUAAUUUUGGAUGCAGAUAAUUCAAAAAAAAGGUCGGCAAAUAGGUGGUGGAUAUGGCUCAUCGUGACAGUUGGGGGAAUUAUUAUUGCCUUGUUGUGCUUCUUAUGUCAUUCAAAAUGGAAAAAACAAAAAGCCGAAGGGGAGAGAAAAAAGAAACAAAAGAUGCUCGUAAUGGAACUUGGAGGUAAUGCAAUAACUUACAAUGUACAUGACAAAGUGAAGAAACAAAACGAAGAUGGGCAAGAUGGAUUGCAAACAUUCAGCUUCAAAAGCAUUUAUGAUGCUACAAGUAAUUUCUCAACUGAAAAUAAAUUAGGAGAGGGUGGUUUUGGACCAGUUUAUAAGGGCAAAUUACCUGAUGGGAAAGAAAUAGCAAUUAAGAGACUCUCGAGAAGUUCUAGACAAGGAUUGCUAGAGUUCAAGAAUGAAGCUGUUCUCAUUGCCAAACUCCAACACAUUAAUCUUGUCCGACUUUUAGGAUUUUGUAUUCAAGAAGAAGAAAAUAUACUAAUAUAUGAGUACAUGUCCAACAAAAGUUUAGAUUUCUUCCUCUUCGAUUCUACUAAAAAGUAUAUAUUAAAUUGGAAAAAACGCUUCAACAUCAUUGAAGGCAUUGCUCAAGGACUCGUUUAUCUCCACAAAUAUUCAAGGCUAACAAUAAUUCACCGAGAUUUAAAAGCAAGCAACAUUUUGCUUGACAAGGAGAUGAAUCCGAAAAUUUCUGAUUUUGGUAUGGCAAAAAUAUUUGGCUUGAAAGGAUCAGAAGAAAACACAAAUAGGGUUGUUGGAACAUAUGGUUAUAUGUCCCCAGAGUACGCAAUGAAUGGUGUUGUUUCAAUAAAAAUUGAUGUAUUCAGCUUUGGAGUUCUACUAUUAGAAAUCAUCAGUGGCAAGAAAAACAAUAGUCGCUAUCACUCUGAGUACCCACUCAACCUUAUAGGAUAUGCAUGGCAGUUAUGGAAUGAAGGUAAAGGUUUAGAGCUUAUGGACCCAACAAUACUAGAUGAGUCAUUCAUUCCAUCUGAAGUAUUGAGAUGCAUUCAUGUUGGUCUCUUAUGCGUACAAGAGCAGGCAACAGAUAGACCCACCAUGCUAGAUGUUGUUUCUUUUCUUGCAAAUGAAACUAUUCAACUAUCUACUCGAAAACAACCUGCAUUUUUUAUCAACACAAUCACAAAAGAGUUAGAUGUUUCUGAAAAUAAGUCAAAAAUUUAUUCAGUAAAUAAUGUUACGAUUUCAAAAUUGGAUGCCAGAUAAAUACUAAAAUACUUUGAGUUAAAAAAAUUAUUCAAUAGAUAAUGUCACAAUUUCAAAAUCGGAUGCUAGAUAAAUACUAAAAUACAUGAGUUAUGUAUGAAAAUCUAGUAUGUAUAUACAUGCCUUUGUGAUAAGGGCUAUACUUGAUUAUGACUUUACAAGCUUGUAUGGUUCAACAAUUUAUUAUAAUUUUUA